AUGACUGAACAGACUUCGGGGAAACCAAAUGGUCCCUCACCAUUAGCGUGUUUGCCGUGCCGCCACAAACAUCUCAAAUGUGAUGGCAAGAUACCCACUUGCGGUCGUUGCGAAGUCAAUGGCCAGCCUUACCAGUGCGAGUACACCAAAUCUCGAAGAGGCUACAAGGGUCCUUCCAAAAAGCGUCGCGCCAACCCAGAUUCCCCAGAGCAGUUGCCGAUGGAUCCCGGCAUGGUCAACCCCGUGGAUUGGAAGAACAUGCAGACAGGCUAUGGCUAUGCGCCAGCCGUCCCGUUCCCCUCGUCCAGGUCAAACAGCCCCGGCUUUUACGAUCUCUCGAUGUCAAUGCCGCAAUCUGCUCGCCCAGUCAGCGGCCCGUUAACUCCGGAUUCCUCCUCAUCCGUUGGUAGCAGCGAUGCCUACUUGAUCGAUAUAUACUAUAAUUAUUUCCACGCCGCACAUCCAAUCCUGCCACCCCAUCGGUACCUUAAUCGCAUUUAUGUUCCCGUAUAUUUGGAACAGGUGAUGAAGUUCGUGGGCUCCCACUUCACCUCGGCGGCCUCGAGCGAGACAUACCGCCAGACAGUGGUUUCAGUGGUGCGAGAGCAGGACCCCACUGUGGAAAAGGUCCAAGCACUGCUCCUGCUGGCAAUUGUACUGCACUCGCGCAAUGAGCGUUCUGAGGCUGGCGAGUGUCUUGCCUCCGCAGUGGACCUGGCUUUCGAAAUUGGCCUGCACCAGCAAACCUUCGCGUUGAUUGCCAGCAACGGUGACCCGAUUCGGGCUGAGUCUCUGCGACGUACCUGGUGGGAUCUGUUCGUCAUUGAAGGUCUGCUGACUGCCCUUGGUGUACAAGCUGAGUUCCGGACCAAUUCAGUCCCGCUCGAAGUGCCACUUCCUUGUGAAGAGCGCAUCUAUCAAGAUUGUCUGUUUCCUCCACCAUCUCCGACCAUUGAGCAAUUCGAUCAGCGUGUAUUUGCAGACGAGGAGUUACAUUUCUCUUCAUACUGCUACCGAAUCGAAGCCAUCCGGAUUCUUGGUCGCGUGGUCGCGAUACAGAGCAUGACCGAGGGUCAGCAGGAUCAUGUGGAAGCUAUUGAUGCGCGUAUUGGUAGCUGGGGCCACCACUUACCGGAGUCCAAGGAAGAGCUUUUGCGCCCGGACGGCACAGUUGAUGAGAUCAUGUUCCAAGCGACCAUGAUCUUGAACGGCGCAUCGAUCUAUCUGAACUUCCCCCGAUCCGACCUUCUCUCAUCUCCCGCGGUUGCCACAGCCGUCAUCUGUGGUAGUUCUGGACCCAUCAGUGUGCCCGCAUUCUCCCAUAACGAGCAUGCCAUGAAAGCAGCCAAGGCAGCCCGGGAAUUAUCUCGGCUGGCCUCAUUCCGUCUACCAGUUAUCAAGCACACUCCAUUCUUCAUCUGUGCCCUUACGCUCAGCUCCAUCGUUCAAUUGGCCGCUUGCUCCGUCAAGGCCGGUCAGAUGCCCGACCCCAGCCGCGACCGUCUUACAUUAACAAUCGGCGUGUUCAAAUCGCUGGCUCGUACUUGGGCCAUCUCGCAGUCGAUUAUGAGGCAGAUCAAAGCCGUUUCGCGAGAUGUCAUGGAGAUGGGUCUUCGUCCGACAAUGGCGAUGGACUCGCUUUAUCUGACCACGAUGCUGGAUAAUAGUCAAUUCUGGGUUGAUCAGGGCCCGAGCUGA